GGCGAUGUCUCCCCUCGUGGCUCGGACGCUCCUGGCUGCCGCUCUGGCACUUGGCGUCUUCUUUUCUACCGGCGCUCAAGAAGAUCGUCCAGCAGCGUCGGCGUCGGUCGGAGGGCCCUUCGCUCAGGAUCUCUUCGCGGUCUUCGGAGGGAACCGGAGUCUCUCCAGCGAGCAGCUCGGCCAGAUGCUGCAGAAGAUGGGCGCCCGGCAGAAAAUGAGCGAGUUCUUGCCCCCAGGAUCGCUGGCGCAUCUGCGCUACAACCAGUGCAUAUCUUCUGAAGAUAUUUUUUCUCUGUAUGGAAUAUCAAACAAUACCAGGAUAAUGGAAUCCACCUUCUCUACAAUAUGCCCUGCUGUCUUACAACAAGUGAUUUUUCAUCCCUGUGAAAUACCUACCAAAGGUAGUUUCAAGCCAUCUCCCACAGAAGUUUGGGGCUUUGGGUUCCUUGCUGUGACUAUAAUCAGCCUUGCGUCACUUCUUGGAUUCGUUUUAACGCCUCUUUUAAAGAAGGACUAUUUCCCUAAGAUUUUAACGUACUUCGUAGGUUUGGCCAUUGGAACACUCUUCUCUAAUGCAAUUUUUCAACUUAUUCCAGAGGCCUUUGGAUUUGAUCCCAAAGUAGAUAACUACGUUGACAAAGCAGUUGCAGUUUUUGGUGGAUUCUACAUCUUAUUCUUUGUGGAAAGAGUUCUUAAAAUGUUAUUGAAAACCCAUAGUCAGAUGGGUCACAGCCAUUUUGAAUCCGAAGAACUGAAACUUCCUGAAAGGUGUUCUGCGCCUCCUGCUCCUGCAGAAUCAAUCAAACCAGUUAAUGGAACCAUGUGCUAUGCAAAUCCAGCAGUAGCAGAAGCUAAUGGAAACUUGGGUUUCGAUAAUGUCAGUGUGAUUUCUGGACAGAAAGAAGAAAUGCAAAGUACUUCAUGCAAAUGUUUCAGUGGGCCUCCCCUGUCCGAAAUUGGUACAGUUGCCUGGAUGAUCACAUUAAGCGAUGCUUUGCACAACUUCAUUGAUGGAUUGGCCAUUGGGGCUUCUUUCACACUUUCCCUACUUCAGGGAAUUAGCACAUCUAUAGCAAUCUUAUGUGAAGAGUUUCCUCAUGAAUUAGGGGAUUUUGUCAUCCUUCUUAAUGCAGGAAUGAGCACAAGGCAAGCCUUGUUUUUCAAUUUUUUAUCAGCAUGCUCCUGUUAUAUUGGCCUAGUUUUUGGCAUAAUUUUAGGCAACAACUUUGCUCCAAACAUCAUUUUUGCACUAGCUGGAGGCAUGUUUCUAUACAUCUCCCUUGCAGAUAUGUUCCCAGAGAUGAACGACAUGUUGCGAGAAAAAGUAACUGGAAGAAAAACAGAUCUCAUUUUUUUCCUGAUUCAAAAUGCUGGCUUGCUCACAGGGUUCACUGCAAUCCUGCUCAUCACUCUCUACGCAGGAGACAUUGAGCUGGCAUAAUGUGACAAAGAAGACAAUUUAGCAGAUGAAAAUGGAAGAACUUCACAAAGGAACUUGAAAGUAAUAAAGACACUUGGUUUGCUUCCGUCACGGAACAAAACUUUUUUUUUUCAUAAAAGUAAUAUAUAAAUAUAAAAAUAAUAUAUAAAAAUUUUUCUAAUAUGUGUUCUAGGAUAGCAUUUUCUUCCAUUUGUUUGUCCUAUGUUAGUCACUUUUAUAUCAGUGAGCAACAAUUUAGUGGUGCGAGAGGACUAAUUUAUGAAAGAGAUUCUUUGUCUGAAAAACGGACAUGUAUUAUUUAUGUCAAUGAAAAUGUACUACCAAACCUUUAUAUGAGAAAAGCCCCCUGUAUUUGGAACUUUGUAUUUCUGAGAUCUGUUUUAAGGUACCUGUGCAGCAUAAUCCAAACUGAAAUAGUUUACUUUAUAGAUCAUUCCUAUCCUAUAUAAAAAUAUACAGAAAAUUCAGUCCCAUUCUAAGGUAUGUGUUUAAUAGCAUUAUAACUACAUAGGGGGCUCCUCUAAGUAGGAGAAAUCAUGCUACCAUUUCAGUAUCCUGCUUGUUGUCGCCUUCCUGAAUGAGCAUUA